UUAGACGAAAAACACACACCUCCAUAGACACACUGCUGAUACAUAAUGACAAGUCAGAACAAUAAAGGCGAACCUGGGAAAGUGCCCAAAAGAACGUUUGCUCCCCCAGUAGCUAAAUCUCACGAGCUCUUUGCAAAAGGGGAACUUCUAGAGCACCAGGGCAAACAGGAAGGUGCUGAAACUAAAGGCAUUCCUGCUCCUCUGCACCAUGUCCAUGCCCCACGUGACAGAAUUGCAGCCAAGCCCAUCAAAACACCGAAAGCUCAAGAUAAGAGGAAGGAAGGGAGCCCUACUGCUAGGACUGUAAAGGAAGAAGACUGCAAGAAGGAUCCAGGCAUGGCCAGAAAUGAAGAAGGUGGCCUCACCGAUGCACAGUUCGAGGAGAUUGUCCAGAGUGCGCUUCAGAAGCCUUUGCAGGAGUGUAUGGAAGACUCUGUGAAGAGAACAAUUUCGGCAAAGCCUACUGAGACACAAGAUCUGGGAAGGGAGGCUUUGGGGGUCUCUCCAGCUGUGGAGGACGUUGCCUUUGGAAAGAAAAGUGAGGUGAUUGUUUCAGAAAUGGAUCAGAAGCGGCAUCUGCUUAAAAAAAAGAAACACAGAACACAUUCUGUGAAUAAGGACAGACAGGAGAAAAAUGAGAAAUCAGGAGGAGACAAUGGAGGGCGUAAGGAAAACCGGAAAGGUGCACCCAAGAAGAAAGUUCAGGGCAACGCCCACAUCCGCGUUGACCAAGAGGAAAUGCAGGAGAAGGAGGAGGCAGACAGAGGAGGAAGUGGCUGCAGCUGGUGCAUGGCAUGGGUCCAGUGCUCUUAUCCAACCUGUGAGAAGUGGAGGCGGCUUAGCAGUGACAUAGACCCAUCGGUUCUGUCUGAGGACUGGACGUGUAGCCAGAACCCAGAUCUCGAGCACAACAGCUGCAGCAUUCCAGAGGAAACAUGGUCAGGGUCUGAAAAUGAGGUGGUCUAUGCUGUUUAUAUUCCUGGGUCAAUCGUGUGGGCCAAGCAAUAUGGAUACCCAUGGUGGCCUGGGAUUAUAGAGGCUGAUCCAGACAUUGGAGAGUACUUCCUGUUCUCUUCUCAGGCGGAUUCACUUCCUUGCAAGUACCAUGUGACCUUCUUUGGCAGCUCUGUGACCCGGGCUUGGAUCUCUGCCUCCAUGCUGAGGAACUUUGAGGAAUCUUAUGUGAAGGGAAAUGUUGUGGACAAGCUAAAGAACAAAGGUGACAAGAGAGAUUUUGAAGCUGCUGUGAAGAUGGCAAACGAAGCAGAGCAAUUAAGCAUUCAGGAGAGAAUAAGGAUAUUUGGAUUCUAUAGCCGAUUCAGCGGGAGAGAGUCACCUAAAAACAACAGAGACUUGAAAGAUAAUGUACACAUUACCUGUAAGCCUCCUGCCAAGAGGAUUCGAGAACCAAGGGGUGGGAAGAAAAAUGUAUCAACGUCAAACAAGAGCCAAGAAAAGCUUCUGCCUGAGACACCAGUGAUGAAAUCUGAUGGAGAUUUCAAAAAGAAAACCAACAUAAAAGGAGCAAAAAAAAGCAAGUCAUCAACUGAAGUUACCCCACUUUCGGCAAAGAGGAGCAGGAAAGAAACAGCAGACCCCAAAGCUGCUGCUGUGCCGAAAGGAUCUGUCCAAACGAAGGCACGUUGGGAUGCUCAAAAAGGUUCUAAGAGCUCAUUCGCUGCGCCAUGGGCUAAGAGUGCCAAAGCUGAGCAGCUCAGCUCUUGCAGACACAGCAGCAGCCCUCCCUUAGUGCUCUCCAGUUAUCCAAGCCAGAAAGACAGUAUGAGCAAGGCUGAUGUCUCCCCAGUGACAGAAACUGAACUGAUGUUGAACAGGGGUGUUGUGGGUCUUGAGGAGUCAAGUGAAGCCGUGGCCCAGGAGAAAGAAGAAGAUGAAACCUUCGGCAGCCAGGAGAUGGCUGUCUUUGCUGAGGAGAAGAAUUACUCUUCUGAUGACUUUUCCUUGGUCUUGUUUGAAGAGUAGCCUUUCAGAAAGAGGUGUGUCCUGACCUCAAGUGUAAAGGGUGGGUAAUUUAUUCAUCUAGAUAAGCCUUCCCCACCCAGCCUGGUGCCUUCUAGGUGUUGUGGACUACAACUCCCAUCAACCCCAGACAGAAUAUCUGGAGGGCACCAGGUUGGGGACAGCUGCUAGAUCUUACUACAGAUAGUCGUGAGUUUGAGAGCACUGAUGGAAAGUAGACAACUAAGCAUAGCAGAGGAUGUGGGGAAAAGGUUCUUGCAGCUUUGAUUCUUGAGUUUAAUCCACCUAGGAAGUUUGUGACAGCUUGUUUUUAAACAGGGCUGUGAAAAUUCCCCUUUCCCGUUCCUUGGUUAAACAGGCAACUGGAAUCACAGCUAUAAACAUGACAAGGAAAGUAAAUUCACCCUUUAAUAAAUCUGAUUGACUCUUUUAGAACUUAGUGCAAAAGAGAAACCAGGUGAAAUGGUAAUCAAAAUUUAGGAGUUGUUUUCCACCCAUUUGGAAGUUUACAAAAGCUCUUGUCUGUGUUUAAAGAUGUACAACAUCUCCCCCAAACUGUUUAUAAUUACAAUUCAGCAAAUCUCUAUUAAAAUCUGGUUUUGGA